AAACCGACCAAUAGCGUUGCGAGUCGUGGUGUUACAGCUCAGGAAUGCAGCUCGUCAACAACUGCUAGCUUUCGCUUCUCAUCAGCUGGGGCUGUCGGCGUCUGACUGAGCUGUCCGCAGGCUGUUUGUCACCCCGUCUCCAGGUGCCAAAAGCAGCAGUUAUGGCCACAGCGCAGUCGGUGUUGCUGCUAGCAGUGAACAUUCUGCUGAUCUCGGAGUUCAUCCUGGCCAAGAGGGACUACUACGACAUACUGGGGGUGACCAAAGAUGCCACCGAGCGCCAGAUCAAGAAGGCUUUCCACAAGCUGGCCCUGAAGUACCAUCCCGACCGAAACAAGGGCCCAGACGCCGAGGCCAAGUUCAGAGAAGUAGCUGAGGCAUAUGAGACGCUAUCAGAUGAUAAGAGGAGACGAGAGUACGACCAGUUUGGCCACGGCCCGUCACCGGGGGAGGGCCAUAGACCAGGAGGAGGAGGAGGAGGCGGCGAUUACAACUUCCACCAGCACUACCAUUCCUUUAACUUUGAUGACAUCUUCAAAGACUUUGACCAUUUUGGUCAGCAUCACCAUCACCACUUUCACUCCCAGAGCCAAGCCCACCAGAAGAGACACUUCGACAGCAGCUUCCAGGCCCAUCAGGAGGCUAUGAACAGACACAGGAGGCAGUUUCAGCAGCGGGCCUUUGGUGGAGGACUCUUUGAUGACAUGUUUGAGGACUUGGAGAAGAUGUUCUCCUUUAACACUAACACGCACCGCACCAGGACUGAGAGCAGAUUCGAGGGCACGGGGAAGCAGCACUGCAGGACAGUGACGCAGCGCAGAGGGAACAUGGUGACCACCUUCACCGACUGCUCCUGAGACGAGCAGGGGAACGGUGCUCUGCAGAGUGCACCCACUCGGGACACUGCUGGGAUUUUUCAUUGUGGUUGUGGAAUUAAUUGCUAAUUUAUCACUUGGUGGAACAGAGUGUGGCUUUUGUAAUUCCCUGUAUGUAAUUUACUUUCAGAACAAAUAUCCGAGUUGGCCUGAUAAUGGCUGCUUACUAGCAAUAACUCAUGCACAUCAUUGCUCAUAGCACGAUAUGUACUGCAAACCUCAUGUUGAUUCAGAUACCUCCCCAUUAUUUAGGGUUCAUUCAGUUUGCUUGUGUUCUUUUCUUCUGAAGGUACAGUCUUUUAGACUCAGGUAUGGCCUAAGGUUAAAAGAAAAUUUAUAAUUAAAAUAUUACCUUUUCUUUUAGAGGCAGUAGGAUUUAAUUCAGGCCAUACUAUAGUUGUGCGCUCCAUAACGUCAACUUUUUGCUAAUGUAAACCAGGCUGUGCUCAUCUGGAUUCGUACAUUUUCAAAUUUUGCCCUGAAAAUGGUUCUUCACAUCCAGCGACGUGUGCGGGUUUGCAGUGAUCAACUUAAUCUGCACCCUUUCAGCUCAACAGCCGCCCUCUUUGGUUUUGGAUGUGCGUGUGUACUCUCUAUCUCUCAUCAACUGUUACCUCGUUUUAGUUCUCUUCCUACAGAGUUGCAUCUACCUUCUCUCAGAAAGUAACAUCAGUCCCAUGACAACAUAUGCUGGUAUACUUAGCCACAGGCAGAGUUUGUGUGCCCUCUCAGCUGUUUUGUAAAACAAAACAAACCUGGGGUCACCUGGCAGUUAAGCUUAACGGUCUGAAAAGUUUGCUGACCUGAUCAUAAUGUGCAAUAUUUAGCACCUUUGCUCUUCAUGUUGCCUAUCUUUUAUAGACAGUGCUGUGUUAAUGUCAUUGUCUAAUGUCCGCACUUUGUGUGUAUGUGUGAGAGUGUGUGUACGCUGAGAGUGGCCUGAAUGUUGAUUGGUUGCAUAAUGUUUGGAGAAUGAAUAAAAAGUUACAAUAGGC